GAGAAUUAGAAUAGAAUAAAUGUGUAUGUAAUGAGACAGAAAGAUCAGAGGUGAGAAAGAGACAGAUGAGUGCACAUGCACAUCUAUUGGAAUCAACGGGAAUAUGUGAAGGCAGCACUUGAAGGAGAUAAGAGAGAGGGAGGUUAUACAGUGAGAUAGAAGGAGACUGAAUCAGAGACAGGGACAGCGUGAGGGAGACAGAAAAGCAAUAAAGGGGUGGCAAGUGAUUGGAUGACAGCAUUAGAGAAGAGAUGCUUCAGCAUCACCAGUGUCUCUCGCAUCAUGAGGAAGAUUCAGACGAACCCUCUGCCCAAACAGACUGAGAUAAAAGCAACAUUUUCCUGAUUGACAACAAGCACCAGGAUCAUUGAAGGUUGUACAGACACCUGGGAGCAAGACAAAGAAAACUAAAAGUGAUAGCUAUCUAAAAUUCCUCAUUUUCCUAAAGUUUUCCUAAAAUAUCCCAUUAUAAUGAGGGAAUGACCGAGUAACUUCAACUCAAGAUGAACUGGUCCGUGCCGUGGAUCACACUCUCUACUGGGAAAUCUUGACGGCAGAGCACAUGGAGACUAAUGUCGUAAUACUUCGAGUCACAGACUCAAUUUCAUUUUAAUGUGCUGGAAUGUUUUCUUCCCUACCAAAAAUGAGAAGGUAAAUGAAGCUCGAUGAGGCAUUCCCUGCAUACCUGCACCUUUAUUUGGAAUCAUAAGAAUGUUCAUACUUAAUAUUCUGCAGAUGUGACAAUUUAGCCUUUGCAUCCUAAUUUUUACUUGUGAUGAUUUCACAAGUUUUGACUUUUGAACAUUUAUGUCUUAUAAGAACUUACUUGAGGUCAAUCACAAAGACCUACAGUACCUAUUGGUUUGACUGAAACAGGUCAAUAAUUGAUCAUUGAUGGUGAGACAAUGGGUUGGUUUUUGGACAAUUUUGCCUGAUUUUAGUUCAGCGUUAAUGUAUUGACUGAUAACAAUAAAGAUUAAGUGACUAAAGACAAACAAGGGUAUAAAAUACCCAUAAGAUCCCACACAAAAUGGCAGAACUUUCUGGAUAUAAUGGCAGCGAGGGUUUCCUGUUUACAACUGGUCUGCCCUUCAACUCCACUGGUGACUAUGAGUAUUAUGAAUCUGAGCCAGAUCCCAGCAAGAUCAUUAUUCCCUCCAUAUAUGCACUGGUUUGCUUUGUUGGUGUCACUGGAAAUGCCAUGGUCAUCUUUGUCAUUCUCAAGUACGCCAAAAUGAAAACAGCCACCAACAUUUACAUUCUUAAUCUGGCCAUUGCGGAUGAACUGUUCAUGCUAAGCGUCCCUUUCCUGGCUGCUUCAGCUGCGGUACAUAACUGGCCCUUCGGGUCACUGAUGUGUCGAGUGGUUCUCAGUGUGGAUGGCAUUAAUAUGUUUACAAGCAUCUUCUGCCUAACUGUGCUGAGCGUGGACCGCUACAUUGCUGUGGUACACCCGAUCAAAGCUGCUCGCUAUCGUCGCCCAACCGUUGCCAAAGUGGUCAAUGUCUGUGUGUGGGGACUUUCGUUGCUUGUUAUUCUUCCAAUCAUCAUCUUCGCUGACACGGUUCCAGCUCAGGAUGGUGGAGUGGACUGCAACUUUCUAUGGCCUGAAACAUCAUGGUCAGAGGCGUUUGUGGUUUACACCUUCCUACUCGGUUUUUUAGUUCCUGUGGCAGCCAUCUGCAUGUGCUACUGCUUGAUUGUGGCACGCAUGCGAGCUGUAGGACUUAAAGCAGGCUGGCUGCAGCGCAGGGGCUCUGAGAAGAAGAUCACGCGCAUGGUGCUGCUGGUGGUCGCUGUUUUUGUCCUUUGCUGGAUGCCAUUUUACAUCGUACAGCUGAUCAGCGUUUUCCGAAAGCCGCCAGACCCCAUGGUGACUCAGCUGUUUGUUAUUCUCAGCUAUGCUAACAGUGGCGCCAAUCCGAUUCUCUAUGGAUUUGUCUCAGAUAACUUUCGUCGCUCCUUCCAACGUAUCAUUUGCUUCCGCUGGCUGGAAAAUGGACUAGACGCAGAGCAGGUGGACUACUGCGCUGUGGCACUAAAGCGUCAUACAACCUGUGGACCGCAAAACUUGCCAAAAGAGUGCUUAGCCUCUGACGUGGUUUUUCGAAACGGAACCUGCACCUCCCGUACCACCACUCUAUGAAAGAGUUCAACUGCAGUUAAUGUAUGCAUCCAUGGAGUGUCGCAAGUAUAGAGACAAAAAAUGUAGCUGACUGUGCUAACUGGUAAAUGAUUGGUCACAUUGACUGGGAGCUCACAACAUAUUUUCAAUAAGAUUUAAUACAAUGGGAGGCUUGAUGCCAAAGACGGGUUAUUCCAAAGUGUUCAUUGUGUCUUUACCUCAGCAUUUACUGUACUUGGUUUGAAAAAAAGAACAUUUGUCAUAGUACUGUAAACUGUUUCAGAGACCUGCUGGAGAUACUACACUGGGGUGUAGUA